AUGACGCUGGAGCAAUUCAACACUACUGCCCGUCCCAAGGUCCACUGUGCACUUAAUCUCCACAAUGCCACCGUAGUUGUUAACACAGACCUCAAAUCCUUCUUCAUGACUAGCUCGACAGUCACUUAUGUGAGCCACAUUUCGCAGUCCAAAUACGCGUCAUCCAACGCGGUGUUAGACAACCUCGCACGGCAGCGCGUCCACAUGGGGCUGCCCGCCGUCACAAUUUCUCUAGGCCCCAUCAAAGGCAUAGGGACACUGAACCGCAAGUCUGAAUAUGCCGCAAGUAUAUUGAGAUCUGGGCUGAUUGAAGCCGAGGAGUCAGAGUUCAUCAGGCACUUCGACCGCUUCACGCACCCACAGCACGAGUCUAAGCACUUUGACAUUCUGACCCAAGGUCACAUUCUCGCAGGUGUCGAGUACUCCAAGUACGAUCUAAGUAUGAUGCAAGUCACUCGCAUAGAGCAGGAUUGCCGCUCAGCGCUGCUAGUGACGAUGCUUGAGUCUCGGAAGGCCGCCAGCAGCAAUAGCGGCGCAACAGCCGAGUUGUUGACGUCUGACAUUCCUGAAGACCGCAACAAAGCCAUUAUUGUGCUGGCUGACGCCGUCGCGCAGCGUCUGGCCAAGCCGAUAUUCAUUUCUGUCGAGGAUCAUUUCUGUCGAGGAUAUCGACAUCACUCGCCCGUUUUCGCACUUUGGUCUCGACAGUAUGUCCGGCAGUGA